CGGGGAGCCGCCCCGGUCCCGGACCCCGCCCGCCCGCCAGGUCAUCAUUACCAAAUGAGGAGAAAAGGACGAUGCCCUCGAGUCACGGCAGCGAGGCCCUCCCCUUCCCCGUGCGGAAUUAACCCGUCCCCGACCCGCGAGACGUUGACCUACGCCCAGGCCCAGAGGAUGGUGGAGAUCGAGAUCGAAGGGCGGCUGCACCGGAUCAGCAUCUUCGACCCGCUGGAGGUCAUCCUGGAAGAUGACCUGACGGCCCAGGAGCUGAGCGAGUGCAACAGCAACAAGGAGAACAGCGAGCGGCCGCCGGUGUGCCCGCGGGCCAAGCGGCACAAGCACAGCAAGGCCAAGCGCAAGAGCGAGGCCCCGCCCCCCGCCCCCGGGCCGGGGGGUCCGGCGGGCCCCCUCCCGGAGCCCAAGGUGCGCCUGGUGGAGUACAGCCCCCCGUCGGCCCCGCGGCGGCCCCCGCUCUACUACCGCUUCGUGGAGAAGUCGGCGGAGGAGCUGGACCGCGAGGUGGAGUACGACAUGGACGAGGAGGACUACGCCUGGCUGGAGCUGGUCAACGCCAAGCGCAAGAGCGCCGGGGCCUCGGUGGUCUCCCAGAACAUGUUCGAGUUCCUCAUGGACCGCUUCGAGAAGGAGUCGUACUGCGAGGACCGCAAGCAGGGCGACCCGCCGCCCCUGAUCGACGAGGACGCCGUCUGCUGCAUCUGCAUGGACGGCGAGUGCCAGAACAGCAACGUCAUCCUCUUCUGCGACCUGUGCAACCUGGCGGUCCACCAGGAGUGCUACGGGGUCCCCUACAUCCCCGAGGGCCAGUGGCUCUGCCGCCACUGCCUGCAGGCCCGGGCCCGGCCCGCCGACUGCGUCCUCUGCCCCAACCGGGGCGGGGCCUUCAAGAAGACGGACGACGACCGCUGGGGCCACGUGGUCUGCGCCCUGUGGAUCCCCGAGGUGGGCUUCGCCAACACGGUCUUCAUCGAGCCCAUCGACGGCGUGCGGAACAUCCCGCCGGCCCGCUGGAAGCUCACCUGCUACCUCUGCAAGCAGAAGGGCGUCGGGGCCUGCAUCCAGUGCCACCGGGCCAACUGCUACACGGCCUUCCACGUCACCUGCGCCCAGAAGGCCGGCCUCUACAUGAAGAUGGAGCCCGUCAAGGAGCUGACGGGCGGCGGCGGGGCCACCUUCUCCGUCAAGAAGACGGCCUACUGCGACGCCCACACCCCGCCCGGCUGCCCCCGCCGGCCCCUCAACAUCUACGGCGAGGCCCAGGGCAAGAACGGCCUCUGCCGCCGGGACGGGGCCGCCGGGGCCGGCCAGGCGGCCCGCUCCGCCUCCAGGGUCCGCAAGAGGGCCAAGAAGGCCAAGAGGGCCGCCGCCGCCGCCUCCGCCGCCGCCGAGCCCCGAGCCGCCCUGCCGACCGUGUCGGCGCCCAACAUCCCCCCUCAGAGAUUAAAUAAAAUUAUGAAUCAGGUGGCCAUUCAGCGGAAGAAGCAGUUUGUUGAGCGAGUGCACAGUUACUGGUUACUAAAAAGACUGUCUAGAAAUGGCGUCCCCUUGUUGAGGAGACUGCAGUCCAGCUCACAGUCCCAAAGAAACCCUCAACAGAGGGAAGAUGAUGAAGAAAUCCAAGCCUUAAAGGAGAAGUUGAAGUAUUGGCAGCGACUCCGCCAUGACCUCGAGAGAGCUCGCUUGUUGAUUGAACUCAUUCGGAAACGGGAAAAAUUAAAGCGAGAGCAGGUUAAGGUCGAGCAAAUGGCCAUGGAGCUCCAACUAACCCCGUUCACCGUUCUUCUGCGGGCCGUCCUCGAUCAGCUGCAAGAGAAAGAUCCUGCUCACAUAUUUGCCCAGCCGGUGAACCUGAAAGAGGUCCCCGAUUACUUGGAUCACAUCAAGCACCCCAUGGAUUUCUCCACCAUGAGAAAGCGGUUAGAGGCGCAGGGUUAUCGGAACCUCAACGAGUUCGAAGAGGAUUUCAAUCUCAUCAUCGAUAACUGUAUGAAGUACAACGCCAAGGACACGCUGUUCUACCGAGCCGCGGUGCGGUUGCGGGAUCAGGGGGGCGUGGUCCUGAGACAGACCAGGCGCCAUGCCGACGGCAUCGGUUUCGAUAAUCAGACCGGAACACACUUAGCCGAGCGGCCCAAAGUGGAGCCCCCUCGGCCUUUCUCGUGGGAGGACGUGGAUCGGUUACUGAAUCCCGCCAACAGAGCGCACAUGACCUUGGAGGAGCAGCUGAGAGAAUUGUUGGAGAAACUGGAUCUCACCUGCUCAAUGAAGUCCAGCGGGUCGAGAAGUAAACGGGCAAAGCUGUUAAAAAAAGAAAUCGCCGUUAUCCGUAACAAGUUAAGCCUACAACACAACCAGACUCCUCAGAUAGAAUCAGGUAUCGGAAGCUUCGAAGAGGAAAGCGCCUCCUUAGAACCCGAAGGCGAAGAAGAAGGAGAUAAAUCUCCCCCUAAACUUGAACCAUCAGAUGCCUCACCUCUUCCUUCAAACUCAGAGACUAAUUCAGAACCACCAACCCUCAAACCAGUAGAACUCAAUCCAGAGCAGAGUAAACUAUUCAAAAGAGUAACAUUUGAUAAUGAAUUAUAUAGCACUUCCAUUCAGAAAGAAAUGGUUAAUGGACACCCUCCAGAACACAUUCUGGACAGUAAUCUCAAUGAGUCGGCAGUUUCUGCAGGCGCUGAGUCAUCAAGGGAUGUAAACAGACGUACAUCUGUUCUCUUCUGCAAAUCGAAAAGUGUAAGCCCCCCAAAGUCUGCCAAGAACUCUGAAACCCAGCCAACUUCUCCACAGCUAGGGACCAAAACCUUUUUGUCUGUAGUCCUUCCAAGGUUGGAGACACUUCUGCAGCCACGGAAAAGGUCAAGGAGUGCUUGUGGAGAUGCUGAAGUGGAUGAUGACUCGCCCGGAAAACGCCUGGAUACAGGUCUGUCGAACGGGUUUGGAGGGGGCGGGAGAGACCAAGAAUUAGAUGAGGCCCCCGGAAGAAAAGUUGAGCCCCGUCGCCGCUGUGCGUCCGAAUCGAGUAUAUCCUCAAGCAAUAGCCUGCUCUGCAACUCCAGCUUUAACCUGCCAAAGUGCGGCAAGGGUAAGCCCGCCCUAAUACGGAGACACACGUUGGAAGAUCGAAGCGAAUUGAUAUCGUGCAUUGAGAACGGAAACUACGCGAAGGCGGCGAGGAUUGCAGCAGAAGUCGGGCAGAACAGCAUGUGGAUCUCGACCGAUGCCGCCACUUCGGUGCUCGAGCCUCUCAAAGUGGUGUGGGCCAAGUGCAGCGGCUACCCCUCCUACCCCGCCCUGAUCAUUGACCCCAAAAUGCCUCGAAUCGCCGGUCACCACAACGGGGUCACGAUACCAGUCCCUCCCCUGGAUGUCUUAAAAAUCGGAGAACAAAUGCAGACCAAAUCUGAUGAGAAGCUUUUUUUAGUUUUGUUUUUUGACAACAAAAGGAGUUGGCAAUGGCUUCCAAAGUCCAAAAUGGUCCCCCUGGGGGUCGAUGAGACGAUCGACAAGUUAAAAAUGAUGGAGGGGCGGAACUCCAGCAUCCGGAAAGCCGUGAGGGUGGCUUUCGAUCGGGCCAUGAACCACCUGAACAGAGUCCACGGGGAACCCGUCAGCGACUUCAGCGACGUCGACUGAGACCGCCGGCCGGCCGGACCCGGGGAGGGCGGCGCUCCACACCCUCACCCUCGCCACCGCUGGGCAGAUCGUUCGGGAGAUGUGCUCGGGGCAGCCGCCGGGGGCUCGGUGGGCAGGCCCGGCCCGGCCCCCAGGCCGCGCCGGGGCCCGAGCCGGUCCUCCCCGUUCCGCCGAGGCGCUCGACGCGUCCUGUUCAUAGUGUGCAUAAACUGUACAUAGCUGUAUAUUGUCCAGAACUUAACUUAUUCUGAUUUUUAGCAGUCGGCCCUUUCGUUCAUGCGUUGGUUCUUCCUUUCGAUUCUUCUGGGUUCCGUCUCCCCAUCCCCCGACCCCCGUGUGAGGAGGGCUUUUUUCUUCUCUCUCUCUCUCUCUCUCUCAUUUCCAUAUUUUCCACACGAAACCAAGCGAGAGUACCUGAGCCCUGACCUUCCCAGCCCGGGACGGCGGUCCGGACGGCGGAAAGCCAAAAACCAGGAAAAUGUCGACAGGCGUAGCCCUCCGUUUGCCGGAAUGCCGUAUUCUCCAACAUGGUGCUGCUUGUAUUCUUUUUCCACGAUCUGUAGGGCUUUUUUGUUGUUGUUUUUUUUUUCCUGUUUGGAAGACUUUUGAAUGUUGAAUAAUUUCUGUAAAUCACACUCUUUGCACAAAGUACCGCAUAUUUAAAUAAGAGGGAUGUAAAUUUACAGUGACGUGUAUUUUAAGGAAGGAAAUGACUUAUUUUGAAGGGUGCUUUGUGGAAAGAGGUGAAGGGUCAGUUUAUCGUAUGUGCACCACUUGCGAAUCACCAAAAACACUCAUUGCUGCCCCAAAUGAUUCUUCUAGGGAUUCUCUUUUCCUUCUGGUUUGUCCUCCGUCAUCCCCUAACUUGGCUUCGAGCCUCUGAGUUCUUUCUUUUUUUUUUUCAAAAAUCGCCUCCCUUCUCUCUCCCAUAGAUUUUUUUUUUUUUUAAUAGUUGUGCCUCCCUGUUUAUUUAUUGUAGAAAGUGUAUUAAUUUGCUUUAUAAUGAAAAAUAAAUUUGAAAAAGUAUAUUGAUAUGCAUUUUUAUACAGGCACAUGAGAAUUCAACUUGCUUUGGGAGAAAAAUGUAUUAGAGUUUGUUGUAUAAAAAUGACUCGAUGGCUUGUGUGUAAUUUGAUUUUUUUUUUUUUUUGUAACUCGUAAUCCUUUGUUUACAAUGAGGGGAUUUAUGUAACUCGGUUUUAAUUUAGAACACUUUGGUAGCAAUAGAAACUUUGGAUACAUUUUUGUAUGGUACAUGUGAUGUAUAUAGAAUUAGUACUUUAUUUUUAUUUUUAAGAGGUAAAGCAUUAUGUUAGGGUAAAAAAAGGAGGGCGGGUUUCCAGAGCUGCAUUUUUUUAUAUUAAAAAAUAAAGUCAAGAUUUUGAU